GAUACAGGAAUAAAGUUCUUCAUGGUUUUUCCACUUCAUCAAUCACCUUGUCCGAUUGACCAAAAUACAGUCAAUCAUGUAUAUAAGAACCAGGGAAAACAACAAAACAACGUGAACGACGAGGGGAUAGAACAACAAUGUUCAACGGAAUUACCUACUGGUUCUUAUGAAAGUAUAAACAUAGAUUCAUCUGAAUACUGGGAACAAUUUUUAGGAGAUGCAGAUACAUUCCUGCAGAAUGAUUUUGAAAUGUUCGAUGAAUAUGGUGUGCCGAUAGAUUCCUCACCCAACGUGUCAUUCACUCCACUUAUCGAAACAAUAAAUCCAAUAUUAUCUCCGUAUGAAGAACCAAUAUACCAACAAUUAAAAUGUUCGACCACCAAUUGGCUUUGGUCAACAUUUAUACAAUCUAUAAUAAACGGAAUGCCGCAUCUACCAAGUGAUCGCAUAAGCGACAUAAUCGAGGUUGAUUUCCCUACAGAUUUUGCUAUGUCAACAUUUUAUCAGCUCCUUAGCCAAAUGACCUUAUUAGGGCCACACGUAUUUACAAAAUGUACUAUCUUACGGAUGAUGAGUUUUAGUGAAUGGAAUCGCAGACACUCACUCCCGGAUCAUCGCCCAAUAUGGAAUGUUGAAGCAAAUAGUUGCUCAAGUGUUGAAAUUGUCGAACCUGGUGAAGUUAUUGAUGAAUUAAUUAAUGAGCAUUUAGUAAACAGCCCAAAUAAAUCACCCUCUCCAUCUCCAAAAACUUCAGAGCAAAACUCACCUUCAUUAAAUCAACAGCAAACUACUGAACAAUUUCAAAAACAACUUGUGGUGCCGUUAGACAUUGUGGUGCAAGGACAAUAUCUUUCACCUCAGAGUGAGAUGUUUUCAAAAAUUUUUCAUUAUAUGUCAACACAAAUAUUUUUUCGACCACACCCCUGUGGUCGAUAUGCUUCAAGGAUUACUAUGCCAGUUCCUUCUGUUUCUACCAUUGAACCAAUUAUGAUUUGGCUGUACAAUCAUGAUGACGAAGCAUGGUUGAAAACUGUGACUCCAAGGAGCUUUGAACAGAUUUGUCGGAACGUAAUAUUUUUGGGAUUGGGAGAUAAUGCUUUAGACACGUUAUAUAAUUAUUUUCAACAACAUUUGGAAGAAAUAAUUCAAUAG